CGAACAGCCAAAAUGGUAAACGAUUAUGCAGAAAUUACUAUCGAUAAAGAACCUUAUGAACUCAAUUGUCAUGGAGAAAAUACCAGAAAGGCACUUUCUUCUAAUAAAAAUAAUGACCUGGAAUUACCUACAACAACGACAAUCAGUACGAUAGCCUUACAAAGUGGAAAUACACGUCUCGUCAUUGCACUUCUCCAGAGUGGAGCUCAUUUGAGACUGAAAGUUUUAGAGCUAUAUCCUGAACUUUCAAAGCUGGGUAGCACCGUUGAAAGUGCAACAAAUUUUGCGACUAGCCAUGAUGAGGUCCUGAUCCAUUUAAAAAAUAAACAGAGCCCAGUUGAAGAGUUACUGCGACAAGCAGAUCACCUCAUUUCAACACAAAAACCUCGCGCUGAGGUAUAUGCGGCGAUGGCAGAUACUCUUGGUCAAGCGUGGAAAGAGGUGAAUUCUUUCCUAGAACUUCGAAAACAAAUUUUGGAUCACAAUGUUUCAUUUCAAUGCCGUGUUGAGGAAUUCAAAAUAAGUUCGACCGCUUUGGAAAUAAUUUGUACAGACGAACAAUUGCCAAUAGAGAUCGAGUCUGUUAGAAAAAUGAUAAAUAAAAUUUAUGAUCUUAGAAGAGAAAUGCUCAGUGCUAUGUUGAAUAUCCUUCAAGAGGGUAAAAGUUUAAUAGAAAAAUUGCGUGAAGCAGUAAAGGCUCGAUCAAUGGAUUCUCUACCGGAUUGUAUGAAAGUUGAUAUUGAAAAUGCCAUAGUUCACAUAGAAAAAUACCUGGAGCAGAUACACGAACAGAGGAAACAGACGGAAAUAUAUUUCAAUACACGUAAAAUUCAAUUGGAACAGUGUUUAGCACUGGCCCUUCUGGCAAUUGAUUUGAGAAAUUUUGAAAUGGCUCUCAAUGAUAAAAUUACUGUGUUCAAUGGCAAUAGCAAUCAGUUGGGCGAUUCAUCCACAAGCACCCAAGUAUUACUCCUUAAAUUGAAAGAAUUUCAACAUGAAGCUAAGGUAUUCCAAGAUCGUCUGUUAAAGAUAACGAAAUCAACCGAGAAACUUGUAUUAGAUGGCCAUUUUGCUAGUGAACAAGCUAUUGAAAAAGCUUAUACAAUUCUAGAAAAGGCAGCUGAGUAUAUAAAUCAUUUGGACCAACAUGAGAGUCUUCUGAAUAGAGUAAUGAAUUUUUUUCAUUCUGUACAAAGAGCUUUCGAAGAAUUAAAUUAUUUAGAGAUACAACUUUCAAGUAAUACAUACUCAACAUUUUCAUCGGAAUAUAUAAAUUUUUAUACACAAGCUAUGGUAUCACUAUCACAAGUUACAUUGGACCCUAUAAAUGAAGGAUAUGCAAUACUUGAUUCUGUUGGAAGAGAAAUGUCUGGAGCUGAGGGAGUGAAAGAAGCCAUAGAAGAAUUGAAAAAUCGUAAAAUCCAAUUACAUGAGCGAUACACAUUAUGCAUAGAAGAGAAUUUUAUAACUUGUCAUGAAUUGACAUUAUUUUUUGAAAAAUAUGAGGCAUUAAAAACAUGGUUUGAAUUUACCGUUGAGGCAUUUAUUCGUGACAAUGCAGACAUGGGAAAAGAUAUUUCAAUGGCUCAGACUUUUCAUAAAGAGCACAAUAAAUUAUUGGAAGAAUUGAAGAAUCGUGAAAAUGAAUUUCAUCAACAGUCAUGUAAAUUGAACAUUAUCAAUGUGGCUAUGAAUGAUGAUAAAGGAAAAAUUUGUCCUAAAGAAGAAAUGAAAAAAUACAUCUACGUGUUGACAGAUACAUGGUUGAAAUUUAACAGCAUUAUCGAUUCACGAAUUCACUUAAGUUCAUCUUAUAUAGCAAUUCAUAAAAUGGCUGCAAUACUUCAUAGUGUUUUAGAUGUAAUAAACAAUCAAAUCACUGGAAAUUGGAGGGAUUUAGAGGAACAUAAAAUGCUGAAAAAUUUUGAAGAAACAUUAAAUGAAUUCCAAACUCUUUAUUUGCAAUUGAAAAAUGAAGGUGAAAAUUUCAUUACUGAGAUGCAAAAGAAUACUGAUUCUUAUUUGAAUAAAUCUCAACCUUGCCAUAUAGUGAAUGUAAUAUUGGAGAAUUUCACAACUGAAAGUUUGAGGAUAACAGAGCUUCGGGAGAAUUGGAAAAUGUCAAUAACAAUGAUGAAAAAAUUGAAAAUUGAACAUCUGGCGAUAAUUAACGAGACCGUCAAAAUUAUCGAAUUAGUUUCAAAUAUGAAAAACCAUUUAUUUUCAAUAUUGAACUCUGAUGAUUCCACGCCUUCGAUAAUGGUAGAACAUUUAGAGAUUAUGCAAAUGGAGUUUCUCCCUAAAUUGGAUAUAGCACUGUCUUAUCUGCAUUCUAGAACCGAUAAUUGCAAUCGAUAUGAAAAUUUGCACAUAAUAAUGAAACAAAAUGGAAAACAAUUACAUGAAUUAUACAAUGAUCUGGGAACAAUUGCUGUGAAGUAUGAAGGUCUUUUACAAGUUUUCAUGGAGAUGGUGGAAUACAUAAUAAAACUUGAAAAUAAAAGUGAAAAACUUUUACAAGCUCAUCAUACCGAUUUACCGAUUUUAAAUUCUUCCCCGCCAACAAGUCUUUCGGAAUUGAAAACUAAUGUACAGGAAAAAUUGCAUAAAAUUAAUGAAAUCAUUAUAUUAAUUGAUAGAAUUCAUCGAGAGAAUUUUAUGGAAAUAGAAAUAGGAGACAAAACGUCACAAGAAAUUGUUAAAAUAGAUAUGCAGCAGUUGAAAAAAAUUGAUCACGGCACUAUCGAGUCUUCAAUGAAAAUUUGUUCAGAAGUGAGAAGACAAAUUCAAAAGUGCUUACUUUAUUAUCAUUUUGUUAAAGAUUUAAAUUCUGUAGAUGAAGAAAUUUGUCUAUUAAGUAUUCAACUUCAACAAGUUCGAGAAUCCAAUCAAUACUGCGAUGGUGAUGAUAUUUCAUUGGUCGAAUCUACUGCUGAUGCAUUCAAAAAGAUUGAUGAAAUCAUCUAUAAUGUGGAAGCAAAAGUCAAUAAAUUGAUCAGCACGACUGUCAAAAAUCUAGAAUCCAUAUGUGAUGUGCAUUCUGCUUUAAAAAUCAAUAGUGAAUUAUCUAGCUUGAAGAAAAAAUGGAAACAACUUGAAGGAUCGGCUAAAGAAAUUCAAAAACAAAUUGAUGUCACUAUUGUAUAUUUCAAAUUAAUUCAGAAAGUUGAAAAUUGGUAUAUCGAAUUGAAAAAAUUAUUAAUGCAUGCCAGAAAGGAAUCUGCUGUAGGAGAAAUCCCUCAACAACCUGAAAAUAUUUUAAAUGCAAUCGAACAAUAUUUGAAAAAUGGAGAAAGCGAGCAAGAAAAGAGAAUCGAACAGAUUCGCAAAUUAUCAAUUCAGAUUUUUGGCACUCAAAGAUUAUCGCAGUUCAAUAAAGUAAUUAUGGCCAAUCAAGAAAUAUUAGAUUUAUGUGCUGAAACAAUAUCCGAACUACGUAAAUUGGCUCAAAAUGUACAAAAAACAAAUGAAUUUUCGCAGAGGGAACUUGAGGAAGAUGUAGAUGAAACCGGCAGUGAUGUAAUAUCAGCAAGGUUUAUUGACCAACAAAACGAUAUUAAUAAAGUUGAAGAAAUAACGACUACAGUAACGGAAACGACAAUUAAUCAUAUACUAAAAAAAGCAAAAUUUAAUGACAAUACUUCCACUGAUAUUGAUACAUUAAUUGUGAAAAAAAAUGAGACCAUUGAUGAAAGAGACAGUAUCAAUGUACAAGUUUCUGGUUCACCCAUCUUUAUCGAAGAAUUACAAUCCAUUUUCGUAAAGGCAGGUUCGUCGCCAACGAUUAAGUGUACAGUUGGGGGAAAUCCAUUACCCAUAGUUCAAUGGUUUCGGGAUGAAACCAAUGUCGAUGAUUCACCAGAUUAUGUUAUCACAUAUAAUAAUGGUCAAGCGAGAUUGCAAUUCCUAGAAAUCACCGCUGAUGAUCAAGGAAUUUAUAUUUGUAAAGCACGCAAUAAACAUGGAGAGGCCUCAACUUCAGCAAAAGUUGAAUUAGAAGAUAAUAAUAGAACCGGGGGAAGGGGAAUUGAUCAAAUUGACGAAAUAUCAACUGAUAUUUCGAACAUUAUAAGAAAUGAUGAUAGAACACCACAAUUUCAUAUCACAUCACAGAAAGAUCUAUUGAAUGUUGAGUACACCAAUGAUACAGAGAUAAAAGCAGUAAAAAUGGACCAAACAGUGGGAUUAGAUAGUGAACAAAUGACUGUUAUUGUUGGACAGCAAACGGAAUUGUCUAAGUUAAUUCCUCCGAGUGUCAAAUCAAAUCUGCAAGACCUUCGAGUAUGUGAGGGACAAAGUGUAACAUUGGAUUGUAUUAUUAUUGGGCAACCUGAGCCAGAAGUGAUUUGGUACCAUGACAAUCAACUGGUUAAAGAGUCUUCAGAUUUUCAAUUACUCUUUCAAGGAGACAAGUGCUCUUUGAUAAUUCAUGAAGUGGUUAUGAAUGAUGCUGGCAGAUAUAAAGUAGUUGCUGUCAAUUCUGAAGGCAAAACAUCAAGUCAAUGUAUAUUAUCAGUAGUACCUACUAUUCAUGAGGAAGAUGGAUGUAACAUGAGUAGUACUGCCCCGCAAUUUCUCAAGUGUACACCCAAUAUUUAUGUGCAUGAAGGUGAAAGUGCAUUGCUUGAAUGUCAAAUAUCAAGCAAACCCGCACCUUUCCUCAAUUGGUCAUUUAAUAAUGAAGACAUUGUCCCUACUGGUAAUCGCACAGAGAUACAAUGGCUUCUCAAUGAUAAACCAAUUGGGGGAGAUGACAAAAAUUGUUCUAUAUUGGCUGAGGGUGAUCGCUACAUUCUCAAAAUACCAGAAAUAACUGAAAAACAAGAGGGAUCUGUGUGUUGCAUUGCUGAGAACACGACAGGGAAGGCUACAUGUACAACACAACUACAAAUUCGUAAGCUGUUCAUAGUAGAAUUUCGUCACUAUCAUAAGUGUAUGGUAUUGUUGUGUCACAACGAGGGGAUCGAAGAGACGGACGUUAUCGCGACCGACGAUAGAAUCGAUAUGCAGCCAUUGAGCAGUUGUGAGAGAUACCUUCAAGCAGAAACGGAUAGUGCGGGAUCUCACAAGAUCGAUCAGGGGGAGACUACCAAGAUGUCUUCUUCAAUUAGUCAGUCUUCGAUGAGCAAAUCAUGUUGCACUAAAGAGUAUAAAUUAUCGACUAAAUCCAGUACAUUGGAAUUGUGUCCAUCAAAUUUAAAGAAUGGAAUUACUAAGAGUCACAUUGAAGGCCAAAAGUGCAGUAAUGAAUCGAACGGCGGUCCGCCAACUAUUCAGACUCAUAAAAUUGAAGAGUUUCAACGGAUAGUGCGAGAUACACCUGACAAAAUUCAACAAGAGAAGAUAAAAAUAAUGAGCGAAAUCACUCCGAAAAUUCAAAAACAGAUCCGCAAGAGUAUAUCUCCAAGAUUUAUAUCACCAAUUACUGGAAUGAUUGUGGAUCAAGGCAGUAAUGUCAUUUUAGAAGGUGUUAUUGAUGGCUUCCCUCAACCGAAAAUAACGUGGAGUAAGAAUGGCCAAGAUGUAGAGGAUAACGUAAAGACGACUUUUCAACAUAAUCAUGUCCGAUUGGAAUUGAGAAAUGUGAAUGUGAAGGAUGCGGGGAGAUAUACUUGCACAGCUGUAAAUGAAGUUGGAAAUGCUAGUAGCACUGCUGAUCUUGUUGUUAAAAAAACCAUCUUUCCGCCAGUUUUUGGUAAACGAUUACAAGCACAAAUAGCCAAGACAGGUGAACGUGUAAUUAUGGAAGUGGAGAUAACUGGGACACCAGAACCGAAUGUCACAUGGUACAAAGAUGAUGAACCACUGAUGGAUACGGAUGGUGAAUUAAGACAACUUGGUAAUUGUUAUCUCUUAAUCAUCGAUAAUGCUGAAAAAAGGCAUGCAGGCAAAUAUAUGGUGAAUGCAGCGAAUCCUGGCGGAGAAGCUCAGAGUAUAGCAGAUUUUGCUGUCUUUGAACCAACUCCAGAUACUAUGGUGGAGUUCCAUAAAACAAUUGUGUAUGAAAAUAUGGCGGAUAAAGAUUUAAAGUUGGACGAAAAGAAAAAUCAGUUGCCUUCUGCUGCAUUGACCGCUGAACAUAUAGCAACGACAAUGAUUCAACCAAGCCCCAUCCUGAAAACUCUUUUACCAUCCUCAUCAUCAUCAUCAACAUCAACAUCUAUGACACCAUCACUACGUAAAAUUGAACUCAUCACGCCGACAACAUCUGGAGUGACAAAAAAAACGGAGGAAAUUGUUGAAAAAGCGACUCGAUCUGAGAUGAUUUCAUCAACAAUUGAAUCUCAUCAGAGCGAAACAAAAUCAGAACAAACAUUUCAUAUGAAACUUCAACAUGAAGCCCCAGAAUUGAUACUUAAUAAUAUUAAUGAAUCACCUUCAACACAGUUAGGUGAAAAUAUAAUGAAAAAAAAUACCGAUUCAUCUCAAGAGAAUGAGAAUGUUGAAACUUCAGUGAUAGCAAAAAAAGAUGCAUUGAAUUUCUUUGAAUCAAUAGCCAAAGAAGGCGAGACUAUCCCUAAAAUUAAUAAAGCUAUAAUAGAUUUAAAUGAAGAGGCCAAAGAUGGAAAUUACGAUGUCAAAGUUGAUAAAUUAACAAAGAAUUAUGAGAGAUCAACAAAAUUCGAGGAAGUUCGAGGAAAUAAUGAAAGUGACGUACAAUCAAAAAAAUUAGUCCAAAAUAUGUCGAAUAAAUUGCAGAGUUCAGUGAUAAAAGACAAAGGUAUUGAAAAUAUAAUGAUUGAUUUUCCAUAUGAUAAUUAUAAAUUACCACUUCUAAAUACACAGCGAACUAUUUUCGAAGAUACUACGGCAUCGGGUUCACCAAUUCAUGGUACAUUAACUAUUUCCAAACUAGCUGCUCAAUCUGAAAGUGCUGAGCAAAUGCUCUCGGGAUUCCGCCUGAUGCCUGGCCCUACCCCCGAAAUUGAUUAUAUGCCAAAGAGGAGAAUCGAGGAUAAUAUAGAAAAAUCAACAGAUGUUUUAUCGAAAACCAAACAACUUGAACAAUUUCAGACAACAACAUCGAGUCCUCCAGUUGGAGGUGUGAAAAUUUUUCCAACUGGAACUGGAACUGGAACUGGAACUCAUCAACUAAAAAAAGUUCAGACAGGUGAACAAACGAAAAUUUUGAAAAAUCAAUUAGUUUCAUUCAAUGAUUCAACAAUUGAUGCUCCAUUAACAAGUGCUGCCAAGGAUAUUCAGAGAAAACAUGAGGAAAUCGAAAAUAUAGGUGAAAAAUGGUGGUCUUCAACAUCCGAUUUAGAAACUCGUUCCCAUAUUUCUACAGAUUUAUCUGAUUAUAGGUGCCAAUCUGCUGCAUCUUUCAAUCAAUUAGAACGUUCAGUAUCCCCAAAGCCGUCAGUUGAUGGCUUAGCAAUGGAAAAAGUUUGGACGAAAAAGCCUGAUUUUAGUAGAAAAUCGUGGCCACCGUCAAAUAGUUAUCCCAAUACGUCGAGUUUUAAUGAGCGAACAGAGAGUAAUGAACCAGUUACGAGUAAAGUGACAUCUCACGAGAAAAGAGAAGAGAUUUCUGAAAUACCUGGUUGUGGGAUAACAAAAACUAAGAUUGAAUCAUCAAGUAGUUUGGAAACGCGGUCUUGGAACAGCAAAGAAAAUCGAAUAGAGGAAACUAUUGUUGAAAAACCUACAGUUAUUCCACACGUAUCAGCUAACAAUCCACUCAGUACUUUUCAAAUGCCACUGAAGAUGUAUAAAGCUGAGACAGUUAAAGUUGAUCAUCAUACUUUAAAUACCAAUGAAGAACAAUCGAUCACAAAAAAAUAUUCCUCGCAGUCUCAAGUAGAAAAGAAUUAUCAAAAAACUCAUAAAACACUGUCUACAUUGGAGAAAUUGGAAGCACCGAAUUUGGUAAAAGCAGCAACAGUAUCCCCAAAAUUGACUCCAAUUCAGCUCUAUCAUUGUCCGAGUAUGAAUAGUAAUGUAGGAAAUGAAAAAAUUAAAGAUUUCCAAACAUCAUCAUCAAUAUUUAGAGGAACAUUAGCAACAGCGCCAAAACAUAAUUCCAGUAUACCAUUAUAUAAAACAAAUAAUUCAGUAGUUUCUAAUGAUGGUGAAAUUAUUCUUGAACCAGGUACCCCACCUGAAAUCGGUUAUAUACCAUUGUCAUCUUUUCAUGAAACAAAAAAUGUUACCACGGAGAAAAAAAUUGCCAGGAAUUCCGUAGAAAUUCCAUCACAAUUUCAAUGGAUAAAUUAUUCUGCUGAAAGUGAUUAUGAAUCAGAUUUCGGAUCAUAUAAAUCUAAAUGUAGAUCUUGUGCGAGUGAUAAUGAAGAACCAAAAUAUAGGAGAGUUAAAGCACCUAUUCCAAAACAACCGCGACAAAAAUCUACUGAACCGGAGCCACCUCCACCUUCGAGUUUUGAAAUUCCCCCUCCUGAAUUAACGGGUCCACCUAGGCCUAUGUCAAUGGCAAUGCUGGUCCCAAUAGAGAAAACUUCAAUCUCUAGUCAACAAAAAAGUGGAGACAUUGACAUUUUGACACCAGGAUCCCCACCAAUCUACGUGCAUUCAAAUAUUAAACCUGAUGAUUUGUCAAAAUUAAAAACUCGAGUUUAUCAGAAAGUCAGUGGAUAUACGGCUGAUACUGAUGAACCCAUUAAUAAUUCUACUAAGAGCUCGUCAAUCUCUAAGAAUUACGAGAAAUGUGAAAGCGUUUCCAUGGCAUCCAGUACAUUUGAUUCAAAAAUGAAUUUAGACAACAGCUCAUACAAAAGCUCGUCAGCACAAGCUUAUGAUGAAUGCGUAGCACCCAAUAAGCAACAGAAAGGUCUAUUUAAAUUCGCCGGGAGCGAAUCUUGGAGGAAUGACUCUGGAAACGAUUAUGUCAAUAGAGUAUCAUCAGUAGAAGAGUCGCGUAAUGAAACGAGAACCAAUUACUCUGCUAAAUAUUCGAAACCACUUGUAUCAGGAACUGAGGAAUCAAUCACUGAAUCGAUUUUCUCAUCAUCUGUUUCCGAGAUAAUGGAAAAACAAACGUAUGAAAAAUUGGAGAAAGCAUUUCCAUCAUCUGAAAAUGCAAUAGUACAUCAACCAAUUGUUGCACGAAAAUCUGUUUUAUUGCCUGGUUCACCGCCCGAAAUUGCUUAUGCUCCCCAGAGACAAGUAUCUUUGGAAAAAUUCGAUCAAGUAUUACAUUCAAAUACUGUAAAAAAACAAGUAAAACAAAUGACUCAAGUGCAGGACCACUCACAAUCCAGUGAGAAAACUGUUGAUGUGGAACAAACAAAUCAUGUAAUGGAAUUUGAAAAAAAUCCAAUGUUCACUAAUAUUUCAACCCCAAGUCCAUUUUUAUGGGGUCAAUUUAAAGAAUCUGAUUAUGCAAGUCUUAAUGAUUCAGUAAGAAUUCGGCCCAGGUGGACUCCUAGGGGAAGCAAUACGGAGGAUCCACGAUACAAAAGAGUCGAUUUUUUCUCGAAUAAGGAGUUUGAUAAAAGAGUAGUCACGAAAUUCAAUGAACAAGUCACAAGUAAAAAUCCAAUUAUAAAUUUUGAUAAUUCUCUGGGGAGUUUAGGUGCAAUGAAAAAACAAAUGUAUCAGACAAAUCGACAAAUAUGUGAUCCACUGAGUCUACCAGUCAUGAAAACAUUUACUGCAAAUCAAGAUGAAAAGAGUCUAUCCAAACAUCUUUUCGAGUACAAUAUCGGGGAAACUGCCAAUAAUCUACCACGGUCAGGCAAUUCUACCUUUUCUAAAGAGAAAGACAUUGUUCAGCCAUAUCUAGAUAUAUUACCGAAGAAAGCCCCUUUUUUUACCACGCCGAUUAAAGAUAUUGCUGUGGUAGCCGGCCAGACCGCUAGGUUUGAAUGUAUCAUUGAAGCGGAACCACAACCCGAAGUUUUUUGGUCUAAAAACGGCGAGGUUAUACAGAAUUUAUGUAAUUUUGAGGUCUAUUAUAGAAAUGGUGUAUGUCGACUAGUCUUGCCUGUUGCAUAUCCCGACGAUACUGGCACAUAUAUAUGUACGGCUGUAAAUAAUCUUGGCUCCAAUACUACCUCUGCCACUUUACAUGUGAAAGGUAACAGAAAAUCCAUACGAGCAUUCAACUAAUAAGCAAUGAGGAUGAAAUUUAAAUAAACUUGUCAUUGGUGGCCAUGAUCUAAGUGGUGGCGGGAUAUAAGUGUCGUGGAAUUUUGCUCCUAUCAUCACAAUUUUUCGUGUAUAAAUAUGUGGUUAAUGACGGGAAGAAAUUAACGAAAAAGCAUGAUAAGCUGUUCUCUGAAAAUUACUGUUCUCUCAUCGCAGUUAUUAUUUUAAAAAACACCCAGGUUGUAUAGUUUCAAAAAUAAUCAUAAUAAAGUCAUGGAUAGCAGAGAUCAAUUGAUCAAGGUAGUUAUCACCGCCGAAAAAGUUCCAAAUAUCUACUUGAUAAAAUUCACAACUUUUUUGUAUUCUAUAAUUUUACAUGAAGAUCAUAAGUAUGUUUGACUAUUCGAAUAUCACCUAGAUUUGAAAAAUAAUUUAUGACAUCAAGAAAUAUAAUAAAAAUAAAUAUUGCAAAA